UGUUCAAGAUCCUGUGUCCAGUGCGCCUCCGCUGCCGACAAGUACAAAGCGGAGGAACUUCUCCGACACCUAUCUCUCUCUCUCUGUGUGAGAGAGAGAGAGAGAGGCGCGCGCUCGAUCGCUCGGGCGCGCACACAGUUUCAGAGUCACGGACCCGCGCACUGAGGGCUGCACGCCGCCGAAGCCCCGCACUUCUCCAUGGACAAGAACAGCUCCCUGACGCCGGCGCACAACUUCCUCGACUUGGGGGUUCUAGCGCAGCGGCUGCUCGCAUCCGCCGGGAACCGCUCCAGAUCAUCAGCAUCAUGGUACGAGAACAGCUCGGACCUGGAGCAGGAGGCCAGCCUGGACGUGAACACGGACAUAUACUCCAAGGUUCUCAUCACCGUGAUUUACAUCGUGCUCUUCUUGGUGGGCUGCCUGGGCAACUCCAUCACCCUGUACACCCUGCUGAAGAAGAAGUCUUUGCAGAACCUGCAGAGCACCGUGCACUACCACCUGGCCAGCCUCGCCGUGUCCGACCUGCUCAUCCUGCUGCUCUGCAUGCCCAUCGAGCUGUACAACUUCAUCUGGGUGCACCACCCGUGGGCGUUUGGAGAAGCCGUCUGUAAGGGCUACUACUUCUUGCGAGACGGAUGCUCGUACGCCACGGCUCUGAACAUCGCCAGCCUGAGCGUGGAGCGCUACAUGGCCAUCUGCCACCCCUUCAAAGCCAAGAGCAUCAUGUCCAGGAGCCGCACCAAGAAGCUCAUCAGCCUCGUGUGGCUGCUCUCCUUCUUCCUCGCCUCUCCUAUGCUCUUCACCAUGGGUCAGCUGCACGUGGGCAGCGAGCGCAUCUGCACCACUAUCGUUUCGCCCCUCGGCUCCAAGAUCGUGCUGCAGGUGAAUGCCUUCCUCUCCUUCGUGGUUCCCAUGGCAGCGGUCUCAGCACUGAACGGCAUCAUCGCCAGCCAGCUGGUGCGCAUGUUCCGACAGGCCGAGCAAGACGGCCGCGUGUGCGUCGUUGCCGGCAACCCCACCCCUCUGAAUGUGGCCGUCGAACCGAGUCGCAUCCAGUCGCUGCGUCAUGGGGUCAUGGUCCUGCGUGCUGUGGUCAUCGCCUUUGUGGUGUGCUGGCUGCCCUACCACUCCCGGAGACUCAUGUACUGCUACGUCACCGAGUGGACCGAUAGCCUGUACGACUUCUACCAUUACUUCUACAUGGUGACCAAUGUCCUGUUCUACGUCAGCUCCGUCAUCAACCCCAUCCUCUACAAUCCGGUGUCCGCAAACUACAGGCAGAUCUUCUUCUCCACGAUCCAGUACUUCUGUCUGCCAUGCCGCAGGAGGAAGCACAAGCGGGUCCUGCACAGGCACUCCAACAGCAUCUCCAGCAACCACACCUUCUCCACCAAUGUCAUCAAAGAGACCGUGUACUGA